GUAGAUUUACUUUUCUGUCAAGGAAAUAAAUGUGGGGCUCCAACAGCACAAUAGGAUUUUAGGUUAGGAACAGCUUUUCACUCUCUCUCGCUCUCUUUCCUCUCGUCUCCCUCUCUCGCUCUUUCUCCACACCUCCUCCUCCUCCUGCUCCUCGCAGCAGCAGCAGAAGGAGCAUCAUCCUCCUCCUGUAAGGACUCAGUUAGUGGUGUUAUCCCAGCCUCAGCAUCAUCCACCUCCUCCUCUUCCUCUUCCUUCUCCAGCCUCCUUCCAGAAGCUGAUAAACGGUGUGCGUGACGAAGGUGUCCGCUGACAUGUUGAGAAUUACGGAUAUGUGUCGCCUCCUGCCCCCGCUGCUGAUGCUGAUGCUCAGCGGCUUCACCUUCCAGGAGACCCAGGCGAAGAGCGUGAAGGCGGCAGAGAAGACGGGCAAUUUCAUGGAUGACGAGCAGUGGCUGUCCACCAUUUCACAGUACAGCCGCAAGCUCAAGCACUGGAACCGCUUCAGAGACGAGGUGGAGGACGACUACGUCCGAACCUGGGAUGAAAAUCAAUCUGCCAGCGACAACGUCGACACCACCAAGGACCCCUGCCAGAAGGUUAAGUGCAGCCGACACAAGGUGUGUAUUGCCCAGGGCUACCAAAGGGCCGUGUGUGUCAACCGCAAGAAACUUGAUCACAGACUGAAGCAGCCUGCUCUCAGGUCUCCUGAUGGAAACUGUCAGCCCUGUCCCAUCUCCUCCACUGGACCAGUGUGUGGGUCGGACGGACACAACUACGCCUCAAAGUGUAAGCUGGAACAACAGGCUUGUCUUACGGGGAAAGAGCUGACCCUGAAGUGUUCGGGUCUGUGUCCAUGUCCCACUGCUGCUCCCACCACCACAGAGAGUAAACACGACACCUGUACUGGUCAGGAUCUGGCUGAUCUGGGAGAGCGUCUCAGGGACUGGUUCCAGCUGCUGCAGAGCAAUGCUAAGCAGAACAACAGUACCAAGUCUGGAACCAGAACCACUGCUGCCAGCACUACAUCAGUUCUGGACCGGAGCUUGGUGGCCAGCUGUAAGGACUCCAUAGGCUGGAUGUUUUCUAAGCUGGACACCAACAGUGACCUGUACUUGGACCAAGCAGAACUGGCCGCCAUCAACCUGGACAAGUACGAGAUCUGCAUCCGUCCUUUCUUCAAUUCCUGCGACUCCUACAGGGACGGAAAGGUUUCCACCGCCGAGUGGUGUCUGUGCUUCUGGAGAGAGAAGCCUCCCUGUCUGGCUGAAAUCGAGAGGAUCCAAGUCCUGGACGGCGGCAAGAGAAAGUUUGGUCAGUUCAUUCCCAGCUGCGAUGAAGACGGGUUCUACAGGAGGCAGCAGUGCGACAGGGGCGAGUGCUGGUGCGUGGACCAAAAUGGAGGCGAAGUUGCCGGAUCUAGGAUCCGUGGAAAACCAAACUGCGAUGACGAAAUGACUUAUUCAGGUGAUUUCGGCAGCGCGGCGGGAUGGGAAGAUGAAGAGGAGAAAGAAGCUGAGGACACAGCAGAGGAGGCAGAGGAGGAAGAGGGAGAGGUGGAUGACGGGGGAUACAUCUGGUAAAAGGCCAACAUGAGCGUGAACACACAUACACAAACACACGCGCACACACAGAACCAACGAGGAGGACGCGGAGGAAUCGUACACACGCAGAACAAACAGGCUUGUAAAACCAUGAAGGAGAAAGCUGUGUGAGUCAGAGGGGGGAGACGCAUAAAUGAAUAUCAAAUGUCUAAGUACGAAGUGAGGGUUGGGGGUGGGGGGUGCAUAUAAAAUAUAAAUAUCAAGACGGGAGAGGUUUUUUUUUGGCCCUCAUACUUGUGAAUCUUUGUUCUGUUCUCUCGUUUGUCUUCUUUCAUCAUUUCUAUUUUUUUAGCCUUUUAGCAGCUGCGGGUGCCUCGUGUCAUGUGGUUGGAGUUCAUGUCAUUUCUGUGCUUUUAGGUGGCCUCCGUUCAUCGUUUCACAACUUCUUGUUGAAGAGAAACCACAGAAAAACACAGAAAUGCUCUGUACUGUUUACACGUCACUCGCUUUGCGCCGGUAGAACUCAUUCAGUCGCAUUCACCACUUGGGAAAAAGAACCAAAAAAACAAAAAACAAAACAGUUCCUCACUCUUUAGCUUGUAUAUAACGUCUGUAGCAGAAUCAUCACAUAUUAUUCAUGUCGUGGACUGAAGGAAACCACUGCUUCGCUGACAAGUGUACAUCCCAUCAUAUUGUGGAUCAGUAAUUGUGUUUAAUAAGAAAAUUAAUAAAAUGAAACUGGUCUGUGUGGCCCAGCUCAAUACCA